CAACUUCUUCCACGAACAACAGCCGCGCAACUACGUCAGCCACAACAACACGCACAAUGGCGGAAGACAACUACAGGGACUAUCUUGUCGCGAGGGUAGUUACAGAACAAAAGCCUAUCACCUACAGGCUGCUCAGCAGAGUACUCAAGACCAAUGUCAAUACAGCGAAGCGGAUGCUCUUCGAGUUCCAUCAAUAUCAAAAUGCGCGAAAACCGAAUUCUGUCCACGCCACCUACCUUGUCGUCGGUACACCGAAACGGACUGAGAGGACCAAUGGCGCCCCCGCAAGGAAAGUCGAAGACGCUGACAAGCGCAAUCCGCCCACUAUGAGCUCCAAGCCACAUCUACAAGGGCCUGGAGACCCUGAUUAUAUCAGUGACUCCGACGACGAAGAGACGCCCGCGCCUGAAGGUGUAAAAGAAACCCGGAUUCUGCUGGUGCCAGAGACCGAUUUGGAAAAGACCCGAUCAGAGCUUGAGGAUGGAUCCACGGCUCAUAUAUACAGUCUGGAGGCUGGUGCGCUUAAGCUUAGCAUUCUGUCUUUGUGCAACCACGAGGUUGUAGCAGAGUAUACAGACGAGGAUCCUCUGGAGCGAUGGAGAGUGUAUGGUUCAAUACGAAACCAACACAUCAAGAAAAGGACUGCAAAGUAUGCCCCUUCUACUGCUUCAUCCAAGCCCGCUACGAACCCCGUUACGAUGCCUGUCACAAAAGCUGCAAUAAGCCUAAGCAUGAAAGGAAAGGAGAGCUCGACAUCUACAAGGAGAGGAAGCGCAUCUGAAGAUAACACAUCCGGUCGUUCAACACCACAACCCUCUGCCGGCUCCACUACACUCAAGAGGAGCGAUUCAAAGUCCGGGGCGAAGAAAGACAAGGCAACGGGUGAUUUGUUCAAAUCCUUUGCAAAGGCUAAGCCAAAAGCGAAAGAAGCAGAGAAGUCGCAGGAGUCUACGCCGGCUCCGGUUGAAGAUGAACCCAUGCAAGGCAUGUCCGAAGACGAAGGCGAUCCCGAUGACGAACCUGAAAUCAAGAUCGACGAGGAGAAGAAUGAAGCAGCCCGCAAAGCUCGAGAAGAGCGAGCCGAAAGGCUACGCAAGAUGAUGGAAGACGAUGACGAGGAAAUGCCCGAUGCGCCAGCCACAGCAGAUUCACAGCCAGAAGCCCCCUCUACAGCGGCCACGGAUACAACUGAGCCAGCUGAGGGCGAAGCUACAGUUACCGUUACGAACGGUCGUAGACGCGGCCGAAGACGAGUGAUGAAGAAGAAGAAGGUCAAGGACGAAGAUGGCUAUCUCGUAACUAAGGAAGAAGCCGUCUGGGAGUCCUUCUCCGAAGAGGAACCCACGACAAAGAAGGCCAAGCCAGCAUCUGCCAAACCAUCAAGCUCAGCGAAAGGAAAGAACGCAGGCAAGAAAGGACAGGGGAGCAUUGCCAGUUUUUUCAAGAAAGCUUGAGAUGUCCAUAGACAGAUACGCUUGCUAAGAUAUUUCCAUGUAUGUCACGAUGAAGACGGGAAUGUUCCUGAAGUUUCGUCUGGACAGUGCGAAAGUCGAGCAUAGUGUAGUGUACAAUCAUUCAAGCUGUCCCCAGGCAUUUCCAAUGACAGAUAUUCC